UUAAUAACUAGUGCAGCUCGCUUAACCCCAACUACUACUAGCAGUACUAGUAUAGUAAUGACCUCCCAGUAGGGAUAGGGAUACAAUAAUGGCAUGUGAUAUAUCCUAUAUUGAGGCACGUAUUCAUGGCUGAGGAUGUUACGAGUCGAAUCCAUUUCCCCCACUUACUGUACAGAAGGUUUGGCUGGGGGUGGUUCUCGUUCUAUGAUCGUAGAUCAUGGAUACGAACGAACGAACGAACGAACGGACGGACGAACAUGGAUCGGCGUCGCGUCUUGGUUUAUGACAUGUUAUGCACAUGACAUGCAGGUGAUAAUCGAUAGUGUUGCCAAUAAGCAAACUUUAGGAGGGAUGAAGUUGGAGGGCUACUGGACGUGUCUUAUUGUUGUGAUGUUUUGGGUACAAUAUGGUGGUGUGGUACUACUUGCUAUGGUGGUGGACGGGAUUUCCUAAUUAGCUAACUAUGGUGAGUUCAGUGGGUCAACGGUCCUUUGUAUGCCAUGUUUUUAGUAUACAUUUACAGGGAUGUCAAUAAUCCAAGUACAGAGUAAGAGAGCAGAAGGACUAUGCUAAAUGUCAUCCAGAUAGAUAA